AUGACUGAUACUACUUAUGCUACUGGUCCUUCUUUGUCAUUACACAUCGAGCUGAGCAAACAAGAUGAAUUGUACGACUUACAUACACAUUUAAUGGGGAUGGGAAAUGCUGAUUUCUGGAUAAACACGAUAUUACUGAAUGAAACAAUUCUACCUACCAAUAAACACUUCGAAGAUGAUGUUAUACGGAAGCGACUUGGGCCUUUGAUUUGGGAUAAAAACAGUAAUGCAUUUUAUGGAAGAGAACACGUGGCUACGGUGGUCUAUAACUUACGUGAAGAUCCCAAUGGACCUACGUAUAUUCCUGGUAGUGUGCACAAAGCUAUUUUUGACGAAUUACACAUUCAAGAAUUGGGUCGUGAGAUGGAUCAUCUUGGUAUAUCAUUCAAAGAAGACUUUUCGUACGAUGUUGUACUAAAGAGAGAGGAUUUGAAAAAAGCAUUUUCGCUAUCGAAUUCUAAUGCUGAUGUAGUUCAAGUGAUUCCAGAAGAAAGGUUAGGAGUAUAUGAACAGACGGAAUCUUAUAGAUCACCGUUCAAACACUGGAUUAUAUUUAAUGCUCGCAAGCAGAAAAUGGAGAUUGUGUGCGGUAUGACAGUCGAGGAACUUCGUAAACUGAUCGACGACGAAUCUGCCAUGGAACACAUUUAUAACCCAGUUCAGCGUGAUGCUCGUGCACAUAUCAUCAAUGCAUUUUCAAUGUGUAAUGAUGAUGGGACUUUGCCACGAUCGAUCGAUUACCAUUCAUUCCGUGGUCAAUUCACACCUGAAUUCUAUCCACGUCAUUUCGCAUUGAAAGAUUCUUUAUACGAACAGAGACUCGAUUUACUAGCAUUACUAUUACAACAUGUUCUGCAACGUUAUCAGACAUGUUCACCACCUGUAACAUAUUGUGAAUUUUCCGUCGGUGUUGGAGAUUUAUCAAAACCGUGGAUUUUUGAUAUAUUUAGUAGUUUCCCUUCGCAAAGCGACAUUAGCAAGUCUGAGGAACGUUCACAUCCUAUCUGUAGCACAUCUUUUGGAAAACUUAUACAAGAAUUUCCAUGGUUGAAACCGAAGUUUGCCCAUUGCGUGACAUAUCGAUUUCUUGCGGGGUUUAAUCGCCAAUGUAUUAAUUUGACAGAUGUUGACAAAAAUGAUGCAGCCAAUAGUAAUCCUGCCAAUAAUAAUCUUGCCAAUAAUGAUCUCGACGAUAAUGAAAUUAAGCAGUAUAAACAAGAAGAAGCCAUACAAUUGUUAGCUAAAGCACCACAAGAAGCCAUUCAUCGUAUGUUAAGUGAAAUUGUUAAAAGUAAGAAGCGUGAAUCUAGCACACGCUUUGAAUCUCUUGAAAAAGAAUUGAAGAAGUUAGAUGACAUCGAGAAGAAAUAUGCCAAUUUUUAUCAUUGGGUAGUUGGACUGGAUUUAUGUGGUGACGAAUUAGGUUACCCAUAUUGUCCUUUCGUAUCAACAAAAUUCAUCGAGCACGUAAAUAAAGUCCGUAACGCUAAUGAUGGUAACCCCAAUUAUGGACUGCGCAUCCACGGAGGUGAAAAUGUUGCUGCUGUUAAUUCUACUCUACCUGGUUAUCAUCUGUUUGUUUCAUAUAUGUAUAUCGUUGUUUUGAGUAUACAAUAUUUACAGCAAGAGCUAAAACAUGGUAUCCGUAUCUGUCAUGGCGUGGCAUUUGAUAUCAUUUUGAAUUACAACGAAGAAAAGGAAAACCAGAGCCAACGUAAAUCUUCUGUCUUAGUGGCAGAAAUGAAACGGAUAUUGAAAAAGAUUUUGAAAACAAUUCCACUUGAAGUGAACAUAACAAGUAAUUAUUAUUUGUUAGGUCAAUCAGUUCGUCGGGGAAAUGGGAAGAAAACACAUUCCUUAAAAACAUUUUUUGACUUUGGAAUACCGAUCGUUCUCUCGACAGAUAACGAUGGAAUAUGGCCAAUCUACCAAUGUAUUUUAAAGCAUGUCGGGCAUCAUUCAGUAGCUGCUGAGUUUUGCCGGGCCAUCUAUUCAGGUAUAAUCAUAAAUGAAGGAAAUUUAGGAAACGUGAUUAAAAAUUCAAAAACAUAUUGCUUUGAUAAAGAGCUUGGUACAUUACGCAAAACUGACAUGAAAAAAAAAGAACCAGAAGAAGAAUUUCAAAUUCCAAUGGUUGUUUUGCAUCCGAAAUUAAUUUCUUAUAUAAUGAAAACAUUUUACAAAGUUGCCCCAGUAAACGGGAACAACCCAUUUUACGAGUAUUGUAAGGCGAGAAACGGAGAAUCGACCGAUGAUAAAUACGAGCUGUCCGACGAAAAAUGCAUCUCACUGGCCCCUGUUGCUCUGGCCAUCACCUACCUAACUCAUUCCGAAUGGGCUCAACUAAAUAGCUGUAAACUGGAGUACGAUAUAAUGUUUGCAAAUUCACAGAAUAAUCAGAGCAAAAACUUUGAAACUGUUAGAAAAGAAUGCAAAAACAUAUAUAACAAGUUCAUGGAAGGAAAUGUCAUAAAUUUAACAGCUGAUCAUGACAUGACAAUCACAGAAGAUGGCAACUCAUUUACAAGUGUAAAAUUUAUGUCCAUACCACCGUCUAGUGAGAUUUCAACACUCAAACAGAUAGCUGAAAAAGUCACGCAGUCAGAGAGCAAAGUCUCAAUUAUAUUCGGUUUUUGUAGCACAUUAGAUAUAAAAGAAACUGUAAAAUACCUUUAA